AUGGAGACGAGGCCUGAGCGCCACCGCCACGACCACGUCCACGAGCAGGAAGCCCAGGAGGGCCGGGAGGAGGACGAAGCAGUCAUGGAACACGGCGCCGCUCUCUCGCUGCAACGCGGAGCCACCUUGUUUGGCCGGCGGCACGACGAGGAGGCCGGCCGCCGCCGGGGCGAGAUCCGGGAGGUGGACUUCUUCUCGAGGGACUCCGGAGCCCGGGGCCAGGACGACGGCGGCGGGCGCGGGAUGCCCGGCGGCGGACGUGACGACAUCAACAUCGGCCUAGACCUGAUGACCACUACCGCCGCUGCCACGACAAGCGCCGGCGAGGAAAUGAUGGCGGUCAAGAACCAGAAGAUAGAGGCGUCAGCUGUGGAAGUUGAGCUCAGACGGGUGGUGGAGGAGAACCGGCGGCUGCGUAGCAUGCUUGAGGAGCUCACCCGGAGCUAUGGCGCGCUGUACCAGCAGCUUCUCCAGGUCACGCAGCACCGACAGCAUCCUGCUGAUCUCAUGAUCAACAGAUCAUCACUGGCUCAUACCCACCUAACCACCGCGGCAUCGCACAACACGUCGUCCACUCGGCAGCUGUUGGAGGCGCGCGCGUCCUCCACCACUACGGCGCAGCCGCAUGCCGUCGCUGGAGUAGAGGACGAGGCUAGCGACGGAGCCGGGGAGGCGUCGCCUUCGCUGAGCAAUGGAGGAAACAACAACGACGCCGAUGGCAAGAGGAAGGCCUCUCCGGAUGCGAUGGCACCACCACCGAGAGAGAAUGGCGAGCAGGUUUCGUCGGAGCUGCCCGGCCGGAAGGCAAGGGUGUCCGUGCGCGCGCGAUCUGAGGCACCAAUGAUUAGUGACGGGUGUCAAUGGAGGAAGUACGGGCAGAAGAUGGCCAAAGGUAACCCAUGCCCGAGAGCAUACUACCGGUGUACAAUGGCUGUGGCAUGCCCCGUGAGGAAGCAGGUGCAACGGUGCGCCGAGGACAAGACAAUCCUGGUCACGACUUACGAGGGCCACCACAACCACCCGCUGCCGCCGGCGGCCACCACCAUGGCGAACACCACGUCCGCCGCGGCAGCCAUGCUGCUCUCCGGCCCGGUCACCAGCCACGACGGCGCGGCCGCGCUCCACGGCCACCCGGCGGCGGCGCUGUUCCACCACUCCAGCAGCAUCCCCUACGCGUCCACCAUGGCCACGCUCUCCGCCUCCGCGCCGUUCCCCACCAUCACCCUCGACCUCACCCAGGCGCCUGGAGGCCUUGCCGGGAGCGGCGGCCUGCUGCCUCACGGGCUCGGGCUCCAUCGCCCGCCCGGAGGAAUCCACCCCGUGGUGGCCCCGGCGAUGCCGUUCCCGGCACCAUCGCCGCUGGCUUCGAUGUUCCUCCCGCAGCGAGCGCCCACGGGGCUGCCGACGCCGACUGGGCUGGUCGCGCGGCAGCAGCAGUCGGUGAUGGAGACGGUGACCGCAGCCAUCGCGGCCGACCCCAACUUUACCACGGCGCUUGCGGCGGCCAUCUCAUCGGUCAUGGCAGGAGCAGGAGCAGCGCAUCAGGCUCAGCCUACUCCACGUGGGAGUAAUACCGGCAACGCCGGAGAUCAGGCCAACGGCAGUGCGGGUGCGGCCACAGCAGGUCCGACGGCAGCCGGAGCACAUGCAGCGUCUGCCGAGUCGCCUCGGUUCGCGACGCAGUCCUGCACCACGUCGACAACUUGA